AUGGUCCUGUCGCUGAUACUCCAGCUGUCUACUCUCUGGCCUGUGUGUCAUGCUGACUUCACAUCCCCAGUGCCCCUAGCCUCAUACCCCAAGCCAUGGCUGGGGGCUCAUCCUGCUGCAAUUGUGACUCCUGGAAUCAAUGUAACUUUGAUUUGCCGUGCACCCCAACCUGCCUGGGGAUUUGGACUCUUCAAAACUGGCCUUGCCACCCCUCUGCUCCUCCGGAAUGUGUCUAUUGGGCUGGCUGAGUUCUUCCUGGAAAAGGUGACUUCGGUCCAGGAGGGCAGUUAUCACUGCCGCUACCGCAAGACAGACUGGGGGCCCAGUGUCUGGUCUCAGCCCAGUAACGCUCUGGAACUGCUGGUAACAGAUCAGCUACCCAGACCAUCACUGGUGGCAAUUCCUGGGCCUGUGGUGGCCCCAGAAACCACUGUAAGCCUGCGCUGUGCAGGCCGCAUACCAGGCAUGAGUUUUGCGCUGUACCGUGCGGAUGUGGCAACCCCUCUGCAGUACAUCGACUCUGUGCAGCCCUGGGCUGACUUCCUUCUGAACAGCGCGAAUGCACCCGGCACCUACUAUUGCUAUUACCACACCCCCUCUAGCCCCUAUGUGCUAUCAGAGCGCAGCCAGCCACUGGUCAUCAGUUCCGAAGGUUCUGGCUCCUUGGACUAUACCCAGGGAAACCUCGUGCGUUUGGGGCUGGCAGGACUGGUCCUCAUCUGCUUGGGCAUCAUAGUUACUUUCGAUUGGCACAGCAGGCGCUCUGCCUUUGUUCGUCUCCUGCCCCAGCAAAACUGGGUAUAGGCCUGUGUGAUGGGAAGAGACUUCCUGGAGACGGACAGAGAAACUGGGACUCUUGGUGACCAGCCCCUCCGGAACACUCUAAGCUUCCAGACUCCACUGGAUUAAUUAUUCUUCACCUCAGUAUUAGGCUUGUUGAAGGAUUAAAGGAAGUGACCGGCCUGUGGUAAAUGAUGUUCAGUUAAUGUUAGUGACUUUGUCCUCCCUUGAAAACCUCUAUUUCCUUCAUGUGUCUUAUUCCCUCCCCCCACUCCACCUCUCGUUUCUCUUUCUUCAUGGCUAUGUUGGGAUCAUAGGUUCAUUCUACCACACCCAGCAAAAUAUAUAAUUACGUAUUUUAAGGGGUGAUAUGCAUGCCUCAGCCUGUGUGCAGAGGUGAAAAGACAACUUCCAGGAAUCGAUUUUCUCUGUCCAUCCUGUGGGUCCCAGGGUUUGA